AUGGCCACCUCCAUGGAUCUCACGCUUGUGCCGUUGACGCCACCUUCUUAUGCUCUUGAUUCUUCUUCAACUUCUUCUUUCUUUAUAAGAAGAACAUUGCAUUGGAUGAUAGGAACCAAAUCGAAGAAGAAGAAAAAGAAGAAACACCACGACUCCAAAGAGAAUGUAGGGGAAACCAACGGUGAUAUGAAGAACGGCAACAGUGCUAAUCGCGAUGAAACGGUAGCAGACAGGUCUGUAGUGGUUACUGGAAAGAAUGUCGGAGAUGCGAAAGAAUGUGGUGGAAUGUUGCAAGGGUUUCGAGAAGCCUUCUUCAAUUCAAUCGCGGGCGUGGCCUUUCUUAUUGGAUCGUGUGAUUUGAUUGGAAUCGCUACCACUGGAUUAGGGAAAACGUUGGCGUUCGGGAUACCGACGAUUAAGCAUGUUUUGGGAAAGCGAAAGGGUAAAGGUUCCAGGGGACAAAACCCUCUUUGCCUCAUGCUCUCUCCUACUCGAGAGCUAACACAACAAAUAUUAGAUGUCAUCUGUGAUGCGAGUAGUUCUUGUGGUGUUGAAUCAAUUUGUUUGUAUGGUGGAACCGCCAAGGGCCCACAAAUCUCCUCACUAAAAUCUGGAACGGACAUUGUCAUUGGAACUCCUUAUCGUAUUCAGGAUCUAAUUGAAAUGGGUGUCUGUUGCCUCAAAGAAGUAUCUUUUGUGGUACUUGAUGAAGCAGAUCAGAUGCUUGACAAGGGUUUAUCAAAUUUUCUUUUUUUCGAUUGUUGA